CACAGAAAGUGGAUAUGAGCAAAGUUAAACUGGAUGUUAUUAAACCAUGGAUCACUACGAAGAUCACCCAGAUUUUAGGCAUGGAGGAUGAUGUAGUGGUAGAAUUUGUAUAUAAUCAACUGGAGGAAAAGUUUCCCGAUCCCCGAAAAAUGCAGAUCAACCUCACAGGCUUCCUGAAUGGAAGGAAUGCCCGAUCUUUCAUGGGUGAAUUAUGGGACCUUUUGGUCUCUGCUCAGGAAAGUGUCACGGGCAUUCCAGAGGCUUUCUUGCAACAAAAAAAAGAUCAGAUUAAAAAACGUUUGGAAGAACAAGAGAAGCUACAAGCUUCUUUGGCGGAGAAAGAGAAGGAAAAGGAAAGGGAAAAAGAGAAAGAUGAAGCAGAAAGCAAGAUAAAGAAGGAAGAGAAAGAACGUGGUUCAUCGAAGGAGCGUAGGAGAGACCGAAGUAGAGAUCGCGAUAGGGACAGAAAACGCAGUCGAUCGAGAGAUCGACAUAGAGACCGCGAUAGAUCGAGUCGCAAGCGGCGAUCCUCUUCGAGAUCACCUAGUAAAAAUUCACUUAAGGAUAACGGGAAAGAUAUGCCAGAGGUUAAAGUGGAACGGGAAGACUCGCCUCAACCUGAAAAUGCUAUACCACUUAUGCCUGUCAAGACAAAACCGGAAGCUGCUGUUGCGAUAUCGCGAUUGCAAGCUAAAUUAAUGAGCAUAGCCGAUGGGAAGAAGAAAAAUAAUCGUACUCCAUCUCCCGAGGCACUGGAAAAAGCGAAAAAAUCUAGAUCUAGAUCGAAAUCGCCUAUAAGUCGCUCCAAAAAGUCUAGAUCGAAAUCACCGAGUCGAGACUCGAAAACUCGUCGUUCUCGAUCGCCUGCAUCGAAGUCAAGACGAUCUCGUUCGAAAUCAAGAUCAAGACGAUCCAGGUCUAGAUCAAAAUCCAGAAGAUCCAAGUCUAGGUCACAGGAUCGCUCGAAAUCGAGACGUACGAAAUCUAAAUCGCCACGGUCACGCACGAGAUCUCGUUCGCGAUCUAAAAAGUCCAGAUCGAAAAGCAAUGAUAGAAGUAAGUCCAGAAAAUCGAGGUCCGAUUCGAGCGAUUCCAGGUCGUCAAAGUCCCGCUCGAAAUCACCCGAUAAGAGAAAGGAUAAUCUCGAUUCCAACAGGAAACGAGAUGCAAGUACAAGCAGUAGUUCCGAAUCGGAGGAAGACAAAGGGGCGAAAGACAAGAACGAUUUCGAAAUCAGAAAGAAGAAGGAUGGAGUGCAGGCGAAGAGGUCGUAUAGAAAGACUAAUAAAGAUGACAGUGGUAGUGACAGUGACUCGAGUCGUGAAAGAAAAUCUGUCCCUAAAAGAAGAAGUCCUACGCCACGAAAAGACCGAGGUCGAUCCAAGGACAGAGACAGAUCGAGAGAUAGAUCACGUGAUAGAUCCCGAGAUAGGUCACGUGAUCGAUCUCGAGAUAGAAAUAGGAGGAGAUCCAUAGAUAGGGAACGAGAAAGGAGGCGUGAACGGGAACGAGAAAGGGAGCGGGAGAGAUUGGACAGAUACAGCGGUAGUCGCAGCAUGCGACCUCCAUCUGUGCGUAGAGCACCUAGCAGACGAAGAAGCCCACCUCGUAGAAGUCCCGCGAGAUAUCGUCGCAGAUCGCCAAGUCCCGGGGACAGACGCAGGAGAAGGUCCAUCGAUAGAAGGCGAAGAUCGUCAGAGAGGAGAGAUAGGCGUCGAUCACCGGAUCGUCGUGACAGCAGACGUCGUUCGCCAGACGGACGGGAUCGAUCCCUCAGAAAGUCACUUGAGCGGAAAUCGUCUCAAGAGAAACGAGAACGCGAAAGGGAGCGGGAGCACGCGGAUGACAAACGCAAAGAAAAGGAGAAGCCUGCCAAGGAGGAACCCAUUAAGCGACCCGAGAAGGACGUCAAGAAGGCUGAACCUGCAGGCAUCAAGAAACCAGAUCCUAGCGUGUCUCCUAAAAAACUUCAACCUGUUACACUUCCUGUAACUAGGCACAGAUUUUCGAAGAGCUUGUCACGAACGCCGUCACCGUUUAAAAAGACUGAAGACAUUAUAGCUGCAGUUAAAAUUAAACAGCCAUCGAAAGAAGAUAACAAAGAAGAAUCGCCGAAAGAAGAAUCGAGUUUCUCAUCUGGAGAUACUUUCCCGUUGAAAAAAGAUGACAAGUCGAUCAAAUCAAUCAAGACUGCGUCCGAUGAUAAGAAGUCUGGUCAAAAGUCGUCAGAGCCAGUUCUAUUGAAGAAACCCGCAGAAGUGAUCAAGAAAUCAAAGAGGGAAAAACGUGACGGUUCUACGGAUUCGAAUGACAGUGAAAGCGAAGGAAAGAAGAGACCAAGAAAAUUAGAGAAAUCUAGAAAAUCUAGGAAAGCUUCUACAGAUGAGGACAAAUCAGACAAAGGUGGUUCUAGCUCAGAUUCCGAAGAGGACAGGAAACACGUUGAAAAGAGCAAAAAAAUUAGGGAUUCAAAUCGCGGAGAUUUGUUAGAUGACCGUAGCAAGGAUAGAAAAGAUAACAGGAAGAGGGAAGUCAAUGAAAACGAGUCUCGUAAGCGAUCGAAGAAAGAAUUGGAAGAGGAAACGAAGAAAUCGAAGAGAUCUAGGAAAGAUUCUUCGUCGGGAGAUGAAGAUCAAAAAGUGAAACGAAAAAGUGAAGAUGACAGGUCCAGAUUACGGAAAUCUAAAAAAGAUUCAAGUUCAGAUGACGAACCGAAGAAGACACGAAAACGAAGAGAUAGUUCCUCGGAAGAUGAAAAAUCAAGAACAAGGAAGUCGAGGAAGGAAUCGACAAGCGAGGAUGAAGGAAAAAUACGACUGAAAAAGUCUAAACGGGACUCGAGUACAGAGGAUGAAGAAGUAGGAGAAAAAGAUGCAAAGAAAAAGAGGAAAGCGGAUGACAGUUCAGACGAGGAAAAAGUAAAGAAAAAACGUAAAAAGAAGACCAAAACAAGUACCAGUGAAUCAGAGGAGAGUGAAGUGGAAGAAAAGAAAAAGAAGAAAGAUAAAAAGCACAAGAAACAUAAGAAGCAUAAGAAACACAGGAAGCACAAAAAGAAGAAGGUUGCAGACUCUGACGAGUCUGAUGUAAGUGAAGGUAAUACCGAAGAACUGGAAAAAAAGCUUCGCGAGAAAGCAUUGAAAUCAAUGAAAAAAGGACACAGUAUAGAACGAAGUGAUUGAGAAUUUGUGUGAUUUAUUAACGAGGGUGUGUAAUGUGUGUGUACCUCUGUAUUACAAUGCACUUGCUCUAACUGUAUCAUGAAUACGUUUCUGUUUAUUUUUAUCAGUAAGUAGGAUUAUUGUGUCACACUUUCUUGUGCAAAAUAAGUCUGGCAUUACGAAAAAGGUUCGUCCUUUUUUGGAUGGAAAA